AUGCCUCUCAAUCUCCCAGAAAACAUCGACGCCCCUGUGUUGUCGCAAUUCUCUCUGGUUGGCAAGACUGCCAUCGUGACUGGAGGAUCUAGAGGUAUCGGCCAGCACGUUGUUACCGCUCUCGCCGAAGCUGGAGCAGAUGUUGCCUUUAUCUAUCACACCAGCACUACUGCCGACGCCUUGGCUGCUGAGAUCGCGGACAAGACAGGUCGUAGAGUCCAGGCCUUCAAGUCAGAUGUAACCGACAGAGUGGCAAUUUCCAGCAUCAUUGAAGAGAUCGUCUCAACCUUUGGCAACGGGCGCUUGGACAUUAUGGUCGCGAACGCUGGUGUGUGCCAGAAUGUCAACUCACUCGAGUAUACUGAAGAGACAUGGGACUACAUUAACAAAGUCAACUACGACGGGGUAAUGUGGACUUCAAUUCCAGCCGGCAAGAUAUUCGAGAAGCAGGGAAGAGGAAGUCUCAUCAUCACAGCAUCCGUCAGUGCAGGCCUGGUCAAUAUACCACAGACCCAGGCUGCCUACAACGCUUCCAAGGCUGGAGCUUUGAUGCUCGCCAAGUCUCUAGCUGUCGAGUGGGCAGACUUUGCUCGCGUCAACUGUGUCUCACCAGGCUAUGUUCACACAGAAAUGAUUACCAAACAACCCAAAGAGUUAAUGUCUAAAUGGUUGAGUCAGGUACCAGGUGGUCGAACAUGCCAACCUCAGGAGCUGAAAGGCUUGUACACUUUUCUCGCUAGCGACGCAUCGACGUAUAUGACUGGAUCCAACGUGAUCAUUGACGGAGGCUUCACGCUACCCUAG